AUAAGGCUUACAGUAAGACGGAGUGAGCUUUGGUUAAACAAAUCUUGGAAACUUGCUUCUUUUUGCCCUUGGCAAUUGGAAACCUUUUAAAAGAGCCAAUGGCAGGAGGAGAGAAGGAGCCCUUGCAUUGUUUGCCGAGGGCCUGUACUCAGUGCGAGUCGAAAUAAAUCACCCGGGGAAUAGAUGCUGGUGACAGCCUCUGAUUCCAGACGCUGAGCGGCCGUCACAAGGCAGGAGUCAGGCUCAGGACAGCUCAGCAGUGAGGAGGCGCACAGGCAGCACCGGACUGCCCAUCUCACACACGAUCAGAGGCAUGGCCACUUCAUCAAGAGGAGCUCCUCUUCAGCUACCGGCAGCUAAGAGUGUGAUAGUUUACCGAAAUGGGGAUCCGUUCUUCACUGGCAGAAGGUUUCUCAUCAACAAACAAGUUUCCACCUUUGACACUUUCCUUAACCAAGUCACCAAGGGCAUCAACGCACCCUUUGGGGCUGUCAGAAACAUCUACACCCCUAAGGAGGGACACAAAGUCUUUGAUCUGGAUGAUCUGGAGAAUGGAGGCAGCUAUGUCGCAGCAGGAGUGGAAAAGUUUAAAACCCUGGAUUACUUGCAAAUCACGACAAAGAAGCCACAAAAAAAGACAAAUGAAAUGAUUCGACCAGUUGUUCACAGCCGAAUUCUUGUUUCUGCGCGAUGGAGAAAAUACAACUAUGAACCAUGUACCAUCAACAUUUUUACCAAUGGAGACCUGCUGAUUCCCCCUGUGAGAUUGCUUCUACCAAAAUAUACUGUCCAAGACUGGAAUCGUGUCCUUGCCUUGAUCACAGAGAAAGUCCACUUACGCACUGGAGCCGUUCAAAGACUCUGCACACUCGAUGGAAGAGCAUUGCUAGGCGCAGCUGAAUUAGAUAACAACCAAUAUUACGUGGCUGUGGGAUCAGAGAAAUUCAAGAAACUGCCUUAUUAUCAAGCCUUGUCAAAGAAAAUUACAAGUCGCGAGACCCAAGGAUUACACUCCGAUCUGCUUCCUCCAAUCCGAAGAGGCCGAAAAGUCAGAGGAAGGUUUGAGCUACAGCAAAUUUCUCACGGUGGAUCAAGUGAUUCUGGAUUGUUGGCCUCUCCCCAACAGUCUGAAGGUGAUAGCUCCCAUUCUACAACAGAUGGACAAGUGGGACCUCCCCAGUCAGUGCAAGGGCAACCAAAAGAUCUGGAAGCAAAGCCUUCGAGGGAGAAAAACCCUAUUUUCCGUGCAAAACCCAUGAAGGUCAAACACCACAAGCAUUCAACUGAUCCUUUGACAGAUUAUGAAGACAAUGGUGUAUUUAAAGCUCAAGACCCUCGCAAAGAAACCCAGGGUGCUGCUGAGGUGAGAGAAGAUGCAGACAUGAGGGUGGAUCUACCUAUUGAUCAGAUACCUGCUGAAAUUGUGCAUGAGGAAGAAAUACCAUCUUAUGAUGAUACUCCAUUUAUGACCAACCAUAAAGAAGAUAGCCAUUAUGAAGUGGACGAUUAUGAGAAUAGAAGAGAGCAAUGGAAUGACCCAAAUGGAUGGACGGGGGAUGAGGAUGGUCUGGUUGAAAAUGUACAAGAAUACAAUAAAACUAAAGAGGAUAGCCUGUUAAAUAAUGUUGAUCAUAAUGCUAUAAUACUUGGAAAUUCAAAUGCACUACCUUCAGGAACAGAUGAACUUCACAGUGAACAGGAGGAUCCAAGGAAAGAAGGCUCACGUCCAAUCCAUGAUGGCAACACUGCAGGUGUGAUUUCAGAACAAAAGAGCUUACAAUCUGCUCAGAAAGAUCCGGUAUCACAUGAAUCAGAAACAUGUCAGGAGCUGGCAGAGAAACAAGAGCAUAUUGAUGAAGUCUCAGAGUUAGAAAAGAUGGUUACAAAGAUAACAAGUGAAGACAGCAUCCCCUGUUCCACACCCUAGGUGAAGCAUGUGGGUUAAACAUUCUGGAAUGAAGUCUUUGACUGAAAAACAAAAUGACAUCUUGAAGAGACAUUUUCAGCACUGGUGGUCAGCCAUCCUUUAAAGCCAUCAAUAUGCAUUUAUAUGAAGCUGCAGCUUUCACAUCCUCAUUAAUAUGAUUAUUUUAA